CCACGGAGGAAAAAGAAAAGCAGUUAAUUAAGGAGUACUUUCUUUUCUUCUUCUUCUUCAUCAGCCCCAUGUUUUUCUCAUUGGAAAUCCGAGUUUAUCUUCCUUCUUCUUUCUUCUUCUCCACGGGAAACUCUCAAUUUCCUUCAACUCUUUUUCUCCCCUUGCCGUAGUCCACAAGCAAUCGAAACUCCGAUAACCGCCGACCGGAAUCCCGCCAUUUGCAUCAUCACACAACAAUAACAAAAUCCUGUUUCGCCCCCCAUUCCUGUAGCGAUUGCGGCUCCGAUAAUUGUUUCUUUUGGUUGAAUUCGAAUUUAAUCGGCAGAAAGGAGUUGGCUUUUGCGGAGGGCCGUUGAAUCGGGUGCUAGGGUGGGUUCGGACCCUAAUUCUGGAGCGAAUUUCAAAUUCAAUCGGUUAUUAAUUUAUUAACUUGUUUCGGAAAGGUGGUUAAUUACAUGGAAAAUCUACCUGGGAUGUGAAGAAUUUUCAUUGGGGAAGCGAUGGUGGUGGGGCCUAAGAGGAGGUGGGGAACCUGGGAGGAGCUUAUCCUUGGCGGUGCUGUUCUCCGGCAUGGUACGGCUGACUGGAACGCCGUGGCUUCCGAGCUCAAGGCUCGGACUCUCUACCCUAACAGCUUUACCCCCGAGGCUUGCAAGGCCAGGUAUGAGAAUUUGCGAAAGCGGUACUCUGGCUGCAGUUUUUGGUUUGAAGAGCUAAGAAAGCGGCGAAUUGAAGAAUUGAGACGAGAGUUGAAGAGAUCUGAAGGUUCCAUUGGAUCUCUGAAGUCGAAGAUAGAAUUUCUAAAGGCUGAGCGAGAACGUUCCUUACCCGUUCCCGUGGUAAAGUUAGAGGGCAUUGAGUCAUCUGCUGGAAGCUUCACCCGAAAUUUCAACCUGAACGAGUCUCCCGGAUGCCAAGUUCAGGGUCUAACAUCUGCCAUAGAUGCAGAGACAAAUAAGGAUGGAGGGGGGACAACGAUGAGGAAGAGAAGAGGUCAGAGGAAAAGAAAGGACAUUUUAUGGGAUUCAAAAGAAGGGAGCGUUGGGGAGAGUGGGAACAUGUGCUCAGCAAGUGCUGUCUCAUUUUCUCACAGCAAGGAAGCAUCAGAUGGUUGUGAUGACGAUGAGACAAGAAGAGGAGUUUCUGGUUGCACGAAGAACGCCGGGUUGAUGGAUAUCUUCGAUUCCAUUGCACAGAGAGAACCAGCUUUGGUCUUUAGACAUCGUCUUGAUAGUCAGAAGAGGGCAAGAUACAAGAAAACAAUCAGACGCCACAUGGAUAUGGAGACCAUUAGAUCAAGAAUCCUCACCCUUUCCAUCAGAUCGCCCGAAGAACUCUUCAUAGAUCUCCUUUUACUAGCCAACAACGCGGUGAUCUUCUACUCAAAGCGAACCCGGGAACACAAAGCCGCUCUCUCUCUCAGGGAUGACAUCACGAAAGCCUGUCGCCAUCAUCAGCAGGACAUGUGGGCCCAGACCAGAAUCUCCCCCCCUGUUCUUCCAACAACAACCACAUGCGGUCGUCCUGUGAAGCCGCGCAGCGCCAGGCCCCGCACCAGCAAGCACAGGAUCCCAGCCAACACAGACGCAGUUCGUCUCCUCAGUGAUGACGUGGCGGGAAAGAGAGGGUGUUUCGUCAAGCAGCCUGGGAAGGCGAAGCGCGUGUCUGUGAAGAAUCCUGUUUGGGGUCACUUUGGUAAGGAAGAUUCGUCUCUGCGGCAUAAAACUGUGUCGAAGGAUGAGCUUGUAGCUGUAGUAGGACCUAAUAAUAAUAAGCCUGUGGUGAAGAAAAGGAAAAUUUGCCAUGGCAGAGUUUGAGGUAAAGCUAAUUCAGGCCAAUGUAAUUACUGGAUUAGUAAACCUAACCAAACAAACGUGGUGUAGCUAAUAAGCAAUAACCCCACACGAGAUUAGAGUACAUUUUGAUCAUCCAUCUUCCUCUUUUAUCUUAAUUUCAUUUGGUUCAUGUGUCAAAAAUCAAGUGCACAAACACAUUGACACGGAAGGGGUAAAUCUCGGGUUGAAAAAUACGGAGUAUGAAAUUACAAUGAAAACAUGUUUCUAUC